AUGGGUGCGUUUCACUCCGUGUCUGAUGACCACCCGUACCGAGAUCUGGCUGCUAAGACCGGUUUUUCACUGGAACAGAUUGGAUCCCUUCACAAUCGAUUCAAGCAGCUCAGCCACAAUGAGGAUGUGCUUAAGAGAGAAGACUUCAACUCAAUCCCAGACCUGGCUUGCAACCCCAUCCGAACUCAAAUUAUCAAGGCCUUCUUUGAUAGAAGAAACUUCCAAGGGAACGGCACAGGGUCUGUUCAGGAGAUUGGUUUUGAAGAAUUUCUGACUGUCAUGUCGUACUUCAGACCCCCAUCAUCACGCAUGACAGAGGAACAGCGGGAAGAAAUGAGAAGAGCCAAACUACGCUUCCUGUUUAACAUGCAUGACACUGACAACGAUGGUACCAUAACACUGGAGGAAUACAGACACGUGGUGGAGGAGCUUCUGUCUAGCAGUGGGACUCUUGGGAAAGAGACGGCCAAAGGAAUCUCAGACGCUGCAAUGCUGGAGGUGGCCAGUAUCACCAUGGGUCACAUGGAACCGGAUGAAUUCUAUGAGGGGAUCACCUUUGAUCAUUUUUUGAAGAUUUUGAAGGAGAUUGAGAUUGACACAAAGAUGCAUAUUCGUUUUUAA